GGAACUACUAAUCUUGAAGGUGUCCUAAAUGGUGGAGAUCCUCGAGUAGUCGAUUUCUUCAAGCGUAGUGGUCUCGAUAAUGAAUCUCUAUCCAGUCUUUCCGAUGUUAACGAAGAUGGUUGGCUGGAUAUCAAUGAGUUUUCAACCGCGAUGCAUCUCAUUGUUUUAAGAGUAAAGGGACACGUACCGAUUCCUACAUGUUUACCUGCUUGUAUUCGACCUCCAUAUGCUCCUCCACAGGUCUGUCCUCAGGUGCAGUAUAGCCCUGGCGCAUCCGGUACCGUUUUACGCGGUCCUCCCUCUUCUGGUUCGUGGGAUCAAUUCGAUAACGGCGACACUCACCUUGCUGAAUUCUCCGAUACUCCUCCAUUGUUGGUUGAUAGUCGCCCUACAGCAGUGAAGCAAACUAUUCCGUUGUUAGCUCUAAAAUCUCCAUGUGGGCCACCUCCACAGCCUCCUCCCCGUCCUCAACUAAGAGGGCACACUCGAAGUGCUAGCUUGGACAUGAUGAAGAACAUUCAGCUCGCGCAGACUGGGAUGCCACUGUCGUAUGGAGAUCGCCGUCCAUCUGAUUCAACAACUGUGACUGCCGAUCACUCGUCCGGUUUAACCAUUUCUGGCUCGAUUCCUACUGCGCCACCUCCGCCCGUUCCGCAACGAGUUUCUCCUCCUGCUCCUAUUCCUAGAAGGAGCAGUACAGCAGAAACCCAAACAGAAGGGCGAUACUUGGACGCGAACGAUAUAGAACGGUAUAUUGCUGAGUUUGAUACUCAAAUAGCUGACCUUCUUGGAGAUGAAGCAGAUGCAACAGCUGGGAAAGGAGUGGAACGCUUGGGCUCGAAGAUGUGA